CAAUAACAAAAGACUAAGUACAAACGAUAUAUUUUACCAUUAAACCACGUUAUUACGAUGUCUUGGUUUAAUCUCUGGGAUGGUCUAAAAACAAAGACCUGUAGAUACCUCUUGCAAAGGUAUUUAGGUCAGUUUUUUGAAAAUAAUCUUAACUUGGAACAGUUAAAAGUUGAUCUCUAUAACGGAAAAGCUGUUGUGGAAAAUAUUUCAUUAAAAGUUAAGGCUCUCAAUGAUUUGUUUGAAGACCAGGGCUGGGCUUUUGAAGUAAUUUCCGGGCAUAUUGGAUGUUUAACGGCAAUGGUACCGUGGAAUGCUCUUAUGACAAACGAUAGCUCCCUUAAUAUUUCUAACUUGACAAUAACUUUGAGACCAGUCACGCGUUGUCAAAGUGGAACAACUAUGUUAGAAUCCAUGUGGUCUUCCGUUAGUAGUUCAAUGCAAAUGGCGGAAGAAUGCAUGAAGCAAAUUGAUGAUGACGUACCAUUUUUAAACCACAACAAUACCUUGAUUGGCUUGGAAAAGUUUGCGGAGACCAUUGAUAACGUUCUAAAUCGUAUUCAUGCAAACUUAACUAAUACAACGAUUAACAUUGAAUGUAAUUUGCCUAAGUCUGCCAAACAGCUUAUUAUAUCAUUCAAAGCGAAUCAUAUCGAAUAUAAAAAUCAAACUGGAUAUGGAACUAAUGCUUCUUCAAAUGAAGAAUCAGGGAGUAAUAGCCAUAGCACCGAUCAAGGUUCUAAUUUCACAUCAUUACCGAUGAUUGCUAAGCAUAACUUAGUUACCAAUGAACUAACGAUAUAUACUUCAGAAAUAUUUGACAGCAAAAGUAACAAAGCAGGGAUGGUGUCUGUUGGGCGCCUUUGCAAAAUUGUGGAAUUUAAGGGAUGUCAACAUUUUAAGAUAAGCGUCAAACAAACUGAAAACGUAUCUGGCCCGAAAAUUAACUUAGAAGUUUUAAUAGGCGACAUUUAUUUUAUGUUAACCCCUCGCCAAACACACCUGUUAAUCCGUAUAUUCAAAGGAUUUGAUAAAGUGCGCCCAAAAGAAAGGAUGAAAAAAAAAUAUUCUGAUUUGAAAACUGACAUUAAAAAUGCACCAUUCAACACAAAAAUGACUGGCAUUGUUGAGAAGGACAAGGAUUGGUGCACUGAAGCAGAUGUUUAUAGGAAAUCUCAACAAAUAUAUCCUGAUAAAAUGUCAAAAAAAAACGAAUCAGUUAUAUCUUCGACAUCUACAAACAGCAUAACUACGUCCUGUAGCAAUGCUCAGAUUAAACAGGAAUCCGAUGAAAAAUGUGGGGAGAUUUUAAAGUUUAAGUUGCAAAUAUUCAAAAUUGUAUGGGUUAUCCUACAUAACGAUAUUCUGUUCGAAAACAAUACAAACGAUAUUCAGCCAAAUUGCUUAUACACUAAUGAAAGUUUCUCGAACUAUUUGGAAAUUGCCAAUAUUUUUUUUCAAGCAACAAACAAGGAAAAAGUUGUGAAGGAAUGUUAUAUUCCAAUACCCAAAAAUAACUAUCUGUUGUUGAUAGUUUCAUCAUUAUUAGUCACCGGAAAUCAGCAAAGAUUUUGUAAUGAAUUGUCUUUAAAGACAACAUUAUCAGCAACAACGUUGGACUUCAGUGAAAUCCUUGACAAAGCCAACAAUCACUUAAUUUUGUUCGACAGAAAAAAAAAUUGCCGUGAGGGUUAUCACACUCGACCGGAAAUUAUUCUCUCUCAUAUUUCGUCGUAUCUUUUUAAACAAAACCACAACAGAAGUAGCAAUAAAAUUGAAUGCACUUUAGACGACUGUACUACAGAGCUUGAUAUUUCAAUUUAUGAUAGAUUAAAAGCUUUAUUUAAAGUAUCUCCAUUCAUGGAAGAUGAUAAUACGGAUGAGAAAAUAUUGGAAAAUGACAAUCUAAUGGAUAUACAAAUUAAAUGCAAAUCAUUAAAACUACAUUUAAGGUUUCCAAUAGUUAAUGGAGGCCUGCUUGAGAAUCGCGAAAAUUACCCCUGUUUGAAAAAAUAUAUAAGAAGGGACUAUCUCUCAUUUGAUUUCCGAAAUAUACUAAUUCAGUGUAAAUCAUAUAUUUGUGUGAUUGUGGACGAAAUCGAUGGAUAUUAUUGUGAUGAAGCCAACGAAGAAGACAUUAAAGUCUUGCAAUGUUCGUACCAAAACAAAUUGGAUUGUUUAACUGAGAACGACAAGAUUUGUUUAAGUAUCCAUAACUUUAUGAAGGAUGGGAUAAGAAUGCCUUCCCAAAAGCGCACAAAAGAGAAGUUUAAAUCACCGUUUAGUUCUAAAUGUUCAUAUGGCUACUCAUCUCACAUUGAAGGAUUUCACGACAGUACAGAUAAAAGCGAUUUCUUUUUACCCGGAGAUACUGACGAAAUAAACGAAUUCUGUAAAAACUGCAAGGAUUCAUCUAAUAUCGAAAUUUCUGCGUUUGUUCCAAACGUUAAAAUUGUUAUAGAAUCUAAAAAACUUUAUGAAAUCAUUUAUAACCGGCUAAAUGGUGACCUUUUUAUGUGGGAACCACAAUCUGCAACAAUAAAGGAUGAUAACAACGUGUGCUCCUUUGAAUUAUACGUUAAGGAAGGAAUAUGCAUAAUCUAUACAAAUGUUCAAGAUUUAGAAAAGACAGAUCAAAUAUCUCCACGUGGAAAAUUGCAAUGGAAUUUAAAAGACUUCCGAUCAUUUAUGGUGACUGCACUAAAUAACGACAAGAAUUUGGGAUAUUUUUGUGUUCAAAUAAAAGAUAUUGAUGUUUAUCACUGUGGACAAACCGUCGAAGAUUUAGCAAUUGCGUGGAGUGAUGUUAUUGAUACAAAUUUAAUACGGAUAAUUUCCAAUAUUCCCAAGGAAAAAAGAGUGACAAAUAAUCGCAAUGAAAUUAUAUCAGUUGUUGCUGAAUUGAAAAAGCAGCCGGAUAAGCGUUUAAAGAGAAUAAAGCUUGCGUUUGGAAUAAACGGAGUCAAUCUAUUGCAUAAACCUGUACUCUCAAUUCAUAAUUGGAUCUAUCAACUACUGGAUUUCCUAAAUAUAACAGACUAUCCUAUUGAAGCAUAUGAGCCAUACGCGCUUGUGUCGGAAAUCCAGGGCCAUGUAUGGAAUUUUGCAAUGGAAUAUACGCCAAAAUACUUAUCUUAUCGGGCAUUACUUCACAUUGGGUAUUGUUCAUUUAGUAGCAACAUUAUAUAUCCUAUGACCGGAUGUACUUUACGACUGAUAAGUGAAGAUUGCGUUCUGUCAAUUGGCCAAACAGCUAAAGCUGCCAACAACGUUGAGGAGUUUAUGACUCACAUUAGUGAUACUGGCUUAGUACCUGUUUUGAAUGUUGGAUUACUUAAUUUUUCUAUACAUCUUAAUGAGAAGAGUAAAUCAUACGCAAAGAUUGACCUGAGAUCUUCAAUUCAUGAUAUGCAUUUAAAAACAUGUUUUGAUUCAGCGGAUGCAUUAGCACAACUAAUUGCAUAUAUUGCUAACGAUAAAGAUUUAAAGUCAAAAGAUAAUAAUUUCUACGAGUUAAAAAAAGCUGUUAGCACACCAGUACGAAAUUUUGACCAUAAUAAUGACGAAACGCUGUAUCAUAUUAAUAAUCUUAUGGCCGACGCAGUAAAAGAUGUCAACACGCACAGCAACAGUAAAAUAACUGAAAUAAAGAAAAAAAGUUUUGAUAUCAGUAAUAUUUUAGAUUUUGAAUCGAACGAAUUUCUUGAAUCAAAUUUAAAUUGCGGCAUAAAUGAACAUUCUCUUUCACAAGUCCAAGCGGAACUUGGAGCAACAUCAUCGCUUAAUGCAUCGAUAUCAGAGGAAAAAGAGUAUCACGUUAUACAUGAGGAAGACCUUUUUUUUAUGGAUAAUUUUGGUAUCGAGAAGAUAUACGUCUCCGAAGACCCACUCCAAAUAGUUGACAAUCACUUCAGCUUACCCAGUGAAAAAAUUGAUCUCCUACGACCUCAUUCGUGUUUUCCAAUACCUGAGGAAAGCUAUACAUUAUGUGAAAUGACAUUUACUUGGCAUCUGUUUGGAGGAAAAGAUUUUCCAGAAUUUAUUAUUAGCCACAAGUCAACAGAUAAUACGAGACGAGGGAUUCUUGGCUGGAAUAAAUUAUUUGAAUUUGUAAGUAAAGAAUGGCUAAAAGACAUAAAGAGAAACCAACUGCCAAAUAUAUUAAGUGGAAUCGGACCAACUAAUGCUGUUAUACAACUGUUUCAAGGUUUCUUUGACUUGUUUAGACUUCCCUUGCAACAAUAUAAUAAGGAUGGAAGAAUUAUCCGUGGUUUUCAAAUGGGCGCACAAAGCUUUAGUGCCCGCACUGCGUUCGCAGCACUUGAGAUAACUUCUAGGAUAAUUCAUUUACUACAG